AUGAUUUUGGGGACGGAGAGACGGUUAUUUUUCUUAUUCCAAAUCCUUGGUGCAUGGCUUUCUAUAUAUCUAUCUCAGUCUAUUCGUUAUCUAUCUAUCUAUCUAGCUAGCUAUAUAUCUAUCUCAGUCUAUUCUCUAUUCGUUAUUUAUCUAUCUAUCUAUCUACCUAGCUAUAUAUCUAUCUCAGUCUAUUCGUUAUUUAUCUAUCUAUCUAUCUACCUAGCUAUAUAUCUAUCUCAGUCUAUUCGUUAUUUAUCUAUCUAUCUAGCUAUAUAUCUAUCUCAGUCUAUUCGUUAUUUAUCUAUCUAUCUAUCUAGCUAUAUAUCUAUCUCAGUCUAUUCGUUAUUUAUCUAUCUAUCUAUCUAUUUCAGACUAUUCAUUAUCUAUCUCAGUCUAUUCGUUAUUUAUCUAUCUAUCUCAGUCUAUUCAUUAUCUAUCUCAGUCUAUUCAUUAUCUAUCUCAGUCUAUUCGUUAUUUAUCUAUCUUCGUCUAUUCGUUAUCUAUCUAUCUAUCUAUUUCAGACUAUUCAUUAUCUAUCUCAGUCUAUUUCUUAUCUAUCUAUCUAUCUAUCUAUCUAUCUCAGUCUAUUCAUUAUCUAUCUAUCUCUAUUCAUUAUCUAUCUAUCUAUUUCAGACUAUUCAUUAUCUAUCUCAGUCUAUUUCUUAUCUAUCUACCUAUCUAUCUCAGUCUAUUCAUUAUCUAUCUUCAUUAUCUAUCUAUUUCAGUCUAUUCAUUAUCUAUCUAUCUAUCUCAGUCUAUUCAUUAUCUAUCUAUCUAUCUCAGUCUAUUCAUUAUCUAUCUAUCUAUCUAUCAGUCUGUGCACAUCUAUCUAUCUAUCAGUCUGUCUAUCUCAGUCUAUUCAUGAUCUAA